UCCUGCCGGCGCCGCCUUGCAGCGCGGCCGCCCGCAACGGCACCAAGUGGACCUAUAUUGGCCCUAAUGGGGAGAAGAACUGGUCCAAGAAGUACCCAUCCUGUGGGGGCCUGCUGCAGUCUCCGAUAGACCUGCAUGGUGACAUCCUUCAGUAUAACGCCAGCCUUGGACCCCUCGAGUUCCAAGGUUACAAUGUGUCUUCCAGCGAACUGCUGAACCUGACUAAUAAUGGCCAUUCAGUGAAGCUGUGCCUGCACCCAGCCAUGCACAUCCAGGGCCUCGGCUCCCACCGGUACCGGGCCACACAGCUGCACCUGCACUGGGGGGACAGCCAGGAGCCCUUCGGCUCUGAGCACACCGUCAGCGGGAAGCACUUCGCUGCUGAGCUGCAUAUUGUCCACUAUAACUCAGACCAGUACCCUAACAUCAGCGCUGCCAGUAACCAGUCAGGAGGCCUCGCCGUCCUCGCUGUUCUCCUGGAGAGAGGCUCCUUCAAUCCAUCAUAUGACAAGAUCUUCAGUCACCUUCAACACGUGAGGUUCAAAGGUCAACAAGUGCGCAUCCCGGGCUUCAACAUUGAAGAGCUGCUUCCGGAGAAGACUGCCGAGUACUACCGCUACGAGGGGUCCCUGACCACCCCACCUUGCAACCCCACCGUGCUCUGGACGGUUUUCCGUAACACUGUGCAAGUUUCCCAGGAGCAGCUGCUGGCUUUAGAGACAGCUCUGUUCUGCACAGAUGUGAGUGACCCUGCCCCCAUAGAAAUGGUCAACAACUUCCGGCAAGUCCAAAAGUUUGAAGAGAGGCUGGUGUACAUCUCCUUCCAACAAGGACUUACCGACGCAGAACUGAGUAUGGGCAUCGUCCUGUCCGUGGCCCUGGCUGGUAUUCUUGGCAUCUGCAUUGUCCUGGGAGUGUCCAUUUGGCUCUUCAGAAGGAAAAAGAGCGCUGUGGCCGAAACAGCAGUGCCCGCUUCACAGGAUGAUCACCAUGGGAAGGUCACCGUGCUCAGACUUGAAGGUGUGUCAGCCCUGCUGCCAUGGCUAAUUAUCCAUGUGACUAUGGACAAGUCUCUUGGUUCGGGGUUUGCACCUGAACACAGUCAGCAAGGCUAUCUUCUUGCUAAGAUCUUCACAUCUGGUUUUUCUUCUAUGAAUCCAGGGAGAAAAACGAGGGAAAACCUGCACUCUCACAUUAGCUAUUAAUUCCCUUGGCCCGUGGUUUUAUCGUCACUUUUGGGUUUUCCUAAACAUAAUUACCUUUCCUGGUAAGAACAUUAAAAAUAUUUUUGGAAAUUAUGAAACCAAAAGUUUGAAGUACAGUCAUAACGAGAUCUUCAAAAUGCAGGUCUAGUACUGUGAGGUAUUAAAAGAACAGUUGCAAAAUGAACAGGUUCCACUGUAGUUCAUGAAUGCCCUGCUUGGAGGGACUCCCUCCCAACAGCAGAAGCGAGCAAGUCCCAAGGGGAAGAGUCUGACUUCAAAAAGCCCCUCAGUGCCGUAUCUGAGUCAGGCUGCUGUCUGGUUAUUCUCUCCACUUUGACUAACGAGACUGA